AUGCAGUCACAACUCAACGAGUUUUCUAUCACUGCAGAGAAGAAAGAGAAGAAAAAGCUCUGUUGCUCUGCCAAUGGCAGAUUCCUCGAGCUUCCAUCUGCGUCUCGGUUUAGAGUGAAGCUUUUGUGUGUGUGCGUGUUGUGUUUGUUUGCAAGUGUUGAAGAAAUGAAUGAUACUGUUGGCAAGGGUUCGUCUUGUUUGGCAAUAACAGAGAAGAAGAAUCAAAGGCAAGGUGGUUGCAUUGGUAUUUUCUUUCAUCUACUUGAUUGGAACCGGAGGCUCACCAAGAAGAGGUUCUUGUCCAAGAAACUUUUGCUUCCUGCUCGUGGAAAACAAGCUUCUUCAAAGAAGUUUAAAGGAGAUGAGAAAAUGCCAAGUUCAAAGCUCCACUUGAUUGCUAAUGAGAACAAUGGAGGUUUCCCAACUGCCAAAAAAGGUGGGAAUCGUGUUACAGAGGGAGAACAGAAGCAUGAAAUGCGAGUUCCGAGUUUGGUAGCUAGGUUGAUGGGUCUAGAAUCUAUUCCAGCUUCACAAAGAGAUAGGUUCAAGAAAUCUUCCUUUCCUGAUAGUAAUGAGACUGAUAAGCAAGGGGUGGAUUUGGAAAUGGGAGUAGCAAAUUCAAAACAUGAAUCAAGACCUCAGAAGCUUCAGAAAACUGGGACAUAUGAGAGAAAGGUUGUGACUACUAGGUUUGGAGCUGAGGCACUGCAAAUUAAGAGUGUUUUUUCACGAGCAAGAAAGUAUAAGCACCAUCACCCUACUCUUGCUUCUCCUUUAAAGAGUCCAAGAAUUACUUCUGGAAAGUGUGCAUCUCGAAGCUCUAGGUUAAUAGGAGCAGCUACUAGGAUCUUGGAACCUGGUCUUCAGGCUACAAAGAGAACCAAAUGUUCUCUUACAUCUUCCCCUUCCAUUUAUCCUCCCAAUAAUGGCAUUGUUACAGAAAGGGUGGGAAAUAGGCUAGUAGAUACACAAAAUCAAUCUGGUUAUGAUGCCAACACGGCCAAGUCUUUGAUGGGGCAUACUUCUUGCAAAAACUGUGGUAAUUUGAUUGAUGUUGUCAAUUGCAGGCCAGAAGUUGAGGAACAGUCACAUGUUCCUACACCUAUUGUUUCAGAUGUGUUUACUACCUCAUCUUUGGGAUUAGCACAGAAGGGAAAGUCAUUCAUCCCUUGCCAUGAAAAUGAUGUUGUUCUUCUGAGAAGUCAGGAGAAGCUCAUAACUCUUGUUAAUGAAGAUGGCAAAAGAAUUGCACAGUCUUGUAAUGAGUCCACCAUUGGAAGAAUGCCUUUGACUGCUAAAUGGAAUUCAUCACGCCAACCAUGUGGGGCACUAGAGGAUGAUGAAGCAUCUUCUUUUGCCUUCAAACACAAAACUCAAUCACAAGAACGGGAGUUAAGUAGUGAAAGAACUUCACCUGGAUGUAGAAUAAGUAAUAUGCAUGUGAAGAGAGUAUCAUCAGCUGCAAGUGCUGAGAAUGGAACUAAAGACUUUGUUGCUUUGAAUAGAAACCUUAGUGGUCGAACUAGGAUGAGGUCUCCAACCAAAGUGGUUUGUUCCAAAUUUGACCAGCUUGAGAGAAAACCUUCUAAUAGACAGGAUGAUCCCUUGUCUUGCAUAAGCACCACAGAGAGGAAGAGAAGGACCCCAAAUGUCUAUCAAGUUGAAGGUAGUGAAGCUUCUGUUAAUUUGGUUACAUUGAAACAAAGAAAUGUUAGUUCUGAUGCAAUGGGGGGAAAAAGGAGAGGUUUUGAUCCUUUCUCCCCAAACUGUUCUAAUGCCAAAAGUAAACGUGGUGGUCAGGGAAAUAUAGUUAAGGUCAAUGAGGUAGUUUCAUUAACCCUUAAUUCCCCUUUUAAGCAAAAGACAGUGGUAACUGCUGAAAAGGAAGAGAGAACUCAGAGAAGCACUGAUAAUGAGAUUAAGUCUUAUUUCCAAAGACCACCACCCUUGAGAGCAGAUGUUUUAGGUGCCGUCCUACAACAGAAGUUGAAGGAAUUAAGGUCUCAAGAUAAUGAGUUGGCUGCUGGUGGUUCAUCUAAAAAAUCAACUGCCAUGAUUCUUCAAGAACUUAUAUCUGCUCUUAAUUCGGAUCAUCUAACAUGUUCUGAUGAUCAAAAUGAUCAAAUGUUCAGACAUAAGUAUGGAGCAAAUCAUGGAAGAUUAUUUGAAACCUCUUGCAAUGGUAAUCAUCUCAGUCCUGGAUCUGUCCUGGAAGCUUCCUUUUCCUCCAGUAGUCUGGAUGAAAGCUCAGGGCAUGGUUUUCUCCCUGACCCUUUGAGUUGCUCCUAUGAUCAACUGGAACAAUUGGAACAUGAUGUGGAGCUUUUUGAUUCUGCAACAUCAUUUAACAAAGGGAAGAUAGGUUGUGAGAUAUUGGCUCAACUUGUCAACCAAAUUCCUAGGAUAUUACAAAGUUUAAAUUCUUUUUGGACAAGAUUGACAGAAAGCAAGCUUACUCAUAUGAAAGAUGUUAUCUUAAAUGCUGAAUUGGUUCUUGGAAAUGCCACUGAGCACAGUGGGGAUGGAGUGCCACAACUUCUCAUUUCUAGCUUUCUGCUUGAUGAACUAGACACCAUGGCAAGUGAUGCUAUGUGGACAGAUUUUAAUGGCUUUGUGGGUUGUGAGGAAUCUAAAGAGAGAAGCCAACUCAAGGGAUUUCUAUUUGAUUGUGUAAUAGAAUAUUUAGAAUCAAAUUGCUGCCAUUAUUCCAACAGUGUAUUCAAGGUACGGUCUGCAUGGAAAAAGGUGCCAUUAUGCAUGAAAGCUGAGAUGUUGGUUCAAGAGGUCAACAAUGAGAUCAAAAAGUGGGCAUGUCUAGCUGGGAUGGUACCAGAUGAAAUAAUUGAAUGGGAGAUGAACCACUCCUUAGGGAAAUGGACAGAAUUUAAUGUUGAAGCUUUUGAGGUUGGUGUUGAUAUAGAAAGGGAUGUGCUUCAAAUUUUGGUUGAUGAAAUUGUUCAAGACCUUGUAGAUUCUAAGCAGGGCACCAUUUAA